AAACUGUCAAGUGAUCACGGUUCGAGUGUCCUUACAGUACUCUCGUCUUUGUUUGACAAAUUUUAUGCAUGUCUUUUCUUAGGAGAGGGAACGUCUAGUCUGGGAACAACGACAAUGUGUUUCCCGACACCACCCCUGUAGGGCUGUUAUUAGUCCGUUCACUCGUUCUCAUUUCACAGCUUCCUUCCUUUUGUAACGCCUGUUGGAUUUUGCUGAUCGCGAGGAAAGGCAUUUGUGAGGAUAAUGUUUUGUAUCUGAGUUUCUAAUUUUAAGAGACAGGAUGCCAUUGGGGAAUCAAGCAGUACCAAGCACGUUUUCAUUUGAAAGUGUUCAAGAUGUGAAAGUUGUGGAGUUUUGUCCAUUUGACACCGCAGCAGGUCUUAUUACUUAUGGUGGUGACGACAGAGUAGCUUUGGGCAUGUGUCUUUUCCAAGAAGAGGCUCAAGAUAGCCAUCUUCCUGUCUUGCAGUUUCAGCACAUCACAGAUUUUCACCACGGUACAAGUGUUCAUUCUAUUGCUUGGUCUCCUAACACGAACGUCCAACAUUUACCUUAUUCUUUUCAGUUUUGUACAGCUGGAGAUGACAGAAAGCUUCGCUAUUUUGUAUCUGAUGGUAGGAGUUCAUCAUCAGUAACAGUUUUGGAAGGACAUCUAAGUUACAUCAAUGACUGUGUCAUUGAACCAAUUUCUGGUCUUGAUGUUGCUAGUGUCAGUGAUGAUCAUACUUGUCGUUUAUGGGAUCUGGAGACUGGAACACAAAAAACUUCCAUUCCUCUUGGCUCAGCAGGAGUUAGUGUUAAGUGGAAUCCCAGUGAACCAAACAAGCUUAUGGUAGCAGAAAAGAAUGGAAUUAUAAGAUUUUAUGACCUGGUCAGUCAACAACCCAUCAUGUCACUCAGUGCUGGACAAGUGCCCCUGAUCUCAGCCGACUGGUGUAAAACUAAUGCGUUAAAAGUUGGCGCAGUUGCUAGUGAUGACUGGCUUAUAUGGGAUAUGUCCAAAUCAAGUUUACCCGAGGUUACAGACCAGGCUCAUUCAAAAGGAGUGUGCAAAUUUAGGUGGUCAAAUGUUCACGAGAAUUUUUUUGCCACAACUGGUCGUCCUGGGAACUACAUCAAUGUCUACCACAUGGAACACCGCAAGAUGCCAGUCUCAUGUCAGAUGCAGACUGGAGGAGGUCUUUCUUGGCACCCUUCACUGCCCCUGUGUGCAACAGGUGGAGGAAACAAGGUUCACUUGUGGUUCUUAGAAGUGUAACAAGGCGUGGAUUUAUCACCAAGGAGAAGAGAAACAAACAUUAUCAGUGUACAGUUAUCUGUAAAGAUCAACCAUUUUAGUGACAUGCCUCCCUCUAAUAUAUCUCAGUUAGAGCAUGGCUGUUUGAUCUGCUAUGGAGAGGGAAUGUUACACUGUAUACCUUGGCUGUUCUUUUCAGGAAUUACUAUUCAUGAAGCAAAUUUACAAGGAAUUUCUCUUUUAAAAUAUUAUUGACCAAGAUCCUGUGUUGACCACACUUGUUCAUUUAGCAUGAGUGGAUAUUGAACGGUCGAGUAUUUGCCUGUUUAUGGUCCUUGACUGCAUCCCAGUCUAAACACCUACAGAAAAGAAUUUGGCCAAUAUCCAGCCAUCUUGACCUCAUGCUUAGUCAAUAGCCUAUAUACAUGUUUUCCAUGAGACAAACAUUGACGAAUACUAGAUAUUUUUAUCACUGCACACCACAUUAAUUAUUUGUGUUGGACAAAAUGUUUGAUAUGGUCACUGUAAUCACUUAGCAUAACCCACUGACUAUUAGGUAGAUGUGUGACCUGAUGGGAUACACAGGAACUCUAACAUUAUUGAGACAUGUUAUUGGGAACUGGGCAAACUUUGAAUGGCUGAGAAUAAAUUUUUAUAUUUGAUGAAGUUCCUGA